AUGUUCGCUGCUGUCGUUGCCGGCAAGCUCGGCGAUUUUGUACAGGUUUCGGAAACAAAAUUUAUGCUCUCACUGCAACCAUUGAAUGACAGCAACCACAUUGUUGUUUUCUUGACGGGUCAAACUCCACUACCAUUCGAAAUGGGGGGUGGAGGUAUAAAUUCCGGUACAUCCGUCAUGUGGUACUACAUGGGAUUUAUAUGUAAUGCCAAGCCAAGUGCCAUCUAUAGGAUAGCCAAUCUUAAAACAGCUUCAGAUGCUGCUCUAAUCGAGAACCCUUUCAUGUCUCAUAAUGCUCCGUCAUUCAGCACUGGAGUUACUGCUCAAUUAGGUAUCUCGAUUGAACCCAUCGAGACCCUUCUGCAACAAAUCCCGCUCGAUAGUAGCCAGCUUAAAAAAUCCGGUGGCGAUGCUAUGCGCGAUUUUGCAGCGUUUGCAGCCCAGAAUCUCUUUGAUUAUGUUUCAAGCUUUUCUCGUAAUCUUCCUUUACAAGCAACUAUCACAGAGCCCUACGUACCCUUAUCUGCAAUAAAGCAGUGGUUUCAUAUAUUUCAAAACAAGCUCUCGCUUGACAAGAACUUUUGGCUAAAAUAG